UUGUUGACGUUAAGGAAACUUCUUUGCUGCAGUGACAGGGGGCAUAGAGUGUUAGAAUAUCUGUGCUGGAGAGAGAGAGAGAGAGCUAAGAGAGGGUGAGGGGGUGUUUGUUAGUCCUUUGUUGUUGGAUGAUCUCUUUUUUAAAACGAUAAGGCUCUGUGAUACACACAGAGAACCGAAAAGGGUUUCGAAGUGGAGCGAUCGAAAGGGAAUUCGUCUAACAGAGAGGGGCAAGCAGCAGGAGAGGGUGUGAAACGUCAAUCGUCUGUCAUGUCUGCAGGAUGUUGUGGGACCAAGAAACAAAAGACGACCAACUCCUCGUCGUCUUCGUGCAACGGCACGGAUGAUGGCAACGGAAGCUCAUCCAGCAGCAACACCCAUUUUGCUCAGGGGACUUCAUCUUCGGCUGGAUUGCAUCACCACUCUCACCUGACCAACGGCCAUGCUCGAAAUGGAACUGUGGCUCAUCCAGAGAUGGGCUUCUAUUGUUUUGAUGUCCUCUAUUCUCACUUGCACAGUUCUGAACCUCCAAAACCUCCUAGAUUCACCAACGAAGAAUACCCGUUGUUUGUCACUUGGGCCAUUGGAAAGGACAAAAGGCUGCGUGGGUGUAUAGGAACUUUUAGUGCAAUGAACUUACACUCUGGUCUCAGGGAAUAUGCUGUGACAAGUGCUUUCAAGGAUUCUAGAUUUAGCCCUAUCACUGCCGACGAACUAUCAAAACUUCACGUCUCUGUGUCCAUUUUGACCAACUUUGAGGAUGCUGAAGAUCACAUGGAUUGGGAAGUCGGAACACACGGGAUCCGUAUCGAAUUUCAUUCGGAUCGUGGUUCCCGACGCACUGCCACUUACUUGCCAGAAGUUGCCACUGAACAAGGAUGGGAUCGCAUUCAAACUAUCGAUUCCUUGCUGCGUAAAGGUGGAUUCAAGGGUUUAGUUACCCACGACGUCCGUCGCAACAUCAAACUUGUCCGAUACCGAAGCGAAAAAGUGUCUGUUUCGUGGCAAGAUUACUGGACUCAUUGGAAGAAUAACGGCAAAUGCUAGGAGAUAAAGUUGGCUAACUAGAUGUAUAAUUUGGCUUCCGAAUCAGCCCACCCCAUCGUCCAGGGUUCAGCAAAUGGACCGGAGUUUUGAACAAGAGCCAAGUCAAAUUGGAGCUGCAUUUUGUUGACUGCUUACCAUAUAGAGAGCGAUCUGCACACAUUAAUGAAGUAAAAAAUGGAAAUCGCUGGAAGCCUGUAGUUUGGCCAAAGGAAAUCAAAGCCUAAUAACUUUAAUUGUCUCGUGCGUCUGGCCAAUUGGAGAAAAAAUAAAACGUGUGCGGAUGGUGUGGAACGGUACUGCCACGUGCCUCAACUUUCUCGAUUCUUUUUUUUUUUUUAAAUAAUAAUUAGAAUCCCCUUCAAUUGUCCCCCAAUUUAGAAUCAAGUGUUUCAGCAUCGAUUUCUCAUGUUAAUCAUUCGACUCCUAUUUUUUUUCUUUCUAAAAAUCGUGCUGCUAGCGUGAAUUCAUUCUUGAUGUCGAAUAACGGUCUCCUUAGCUAUGACCGCACUUUUUUCUGUUUUUGUUGCAUCUCCUACCCAUGUGUUCUUGUGUCCUAUCUUUACAUUUGUGUAGCUACUCUCAGUAGUAAAAGAAGUGUUCUAGGAAAAUGUAUUAUUAACAUGA